AUGGUUCACUUGGGUCCAAAACCUCCUCAACAUAGAAAAGGUACAUUCACAGAUGUUCCACAAGAACUCUUACUGGUGGUCAAAGAAUUGGAACAAGAGUUUUACGUUAGUGGUGAAACAUUGAGAAAGAUUGUUGAUCAUUUCAUUACUGAAUUGGACAAAGGAUUAUCGAAAAAGGGAGGCAAUAUCCCCAUGAUUCCUGGUUGGGUUAUGGAUUUUCCCACUGGUGAAGAAACAGGUGACUAUAUUGCUAUUGAUUUGGGUGGAACAAAUUUGAGAGUUGUCUUGGUCAAGUUGGGUGGGAAUAGAGAUUUCGACACUACUCAAUCCAAGUUUCCGUUGCCAGAACAUAUGAGAACAGCAAAAAGUGAAGAACUUUGGUCCUUCAUUGCCGAUUGUUUGAAAAAGUUUGUUGAUGAUCUCUAUCCCGAAGGUUGUAAAGAACCGUUACCCUUGGGAUUCACAUUUAGUUACCCUGCAAGUCAAAACAGUAUUACCGAAGCUGUAUUGCAAAGAUGGACUAAAGGUUGGGCCAUUGAAGGAGUUGAGGGUAAAGAUGUUGCACCAAUGUUACAAGAUGCUAUACAGAAGGUUGGUGUUCCCAUUAAAGUAGUGGCAAUCAUUAAUGAUACUGUGGGAACCUUGGUGGCAUCGAGAUAUACUGAUCCGGAAGCCAAAUUGGGAUUGAUAUUUGGAACUGGUGUCAAUGGUGCUUAUUACGAUGUUGUGAAGGAUAUUCCAAAAUUGGAAGGUAAAACUGCUGACGAUGUUGAUCCAGAAUCGCCAAUGGCCAUUAAUUGUGAAUAUGGGUCAUUUGAUAACGAAUUGGUUGUUCUUCCAAGAACCAAGUAUGAUGUUAGAGUAGAUAAAGAAUCUCCAAGACCAGGUCAACAAUCAUUUGAAAAAAUGAAUUCAGGAUACUAUCUUGGUGAACUUUUGAGAUUGGUGUUGUUGGAUUUGGCAGAAGAGAGACACCUCAUUUUCAAAGGACAAAAUUUGGAUAAACUAAACGAAGCUUACAUUUUGGACACUUCAUUUCCAGCCAAGAUUGAAGAAGAUCCAUUUGAAAACUUGGAAGAUGUUGCCGAGUUAUUCCAAGCUACAUUGGGCAUUCAAACCACUGUUGCUGAACGUAAAGUAAUUCGCCGUAUCGCUGAAUUAAUUGGUGAAAGAUCAGCAAGAUUGUCAGUUUGUGGUAUUGCUGCCAUUUGCAAAAAGAGAGAAUACAAGACUGCUCAUUGUGCUGCUGAUGGAUCUGUUUAUCAAAAAUAUCCUGAAUUCAAAACUAGAGCAGCAAAGAGUUUAAGAGAUAUUUUCGAGUGGCCGGCUGAUUUGAAAGAGGAUCCAAUUGUCAUUGUUCCCGCUGAGGAUGGUAGUGGUGUUGGUGCUGCUAUCAUUGCUGCUUUAACUGAAAAGAGAUUGAAAGAAGGAAAAUCUGUUGGUGUGAGAAAGGACUAA